AAAGAAUAAACAUUUCCAAGUUGUGGAAUAUGACCGUCGUUAUCCACCCAACACUUUCCCACCAACUCUCCUUGACAAAACAAAUCAAUCAGUCAUGCCCACUUUCAUUUACCUCAUUCAGACCCUCUAUUAAGACCAUAACCAUCAUACAUUCAACCCCUUCCCCCCUCCCAACAACACCAUUAACCCACUUCAGAAAUCAAGAAAUCAAGAAACUGAAAUGGGUUGGACUUGGAAGGAAGAAUACUUGGAUUUGAUCUUGGUUCCAUUUGGGUUCUUCAUCAUGUGCCUCUAUCAUCUCUUCCUUCUCUACAGAUACCUCAAACAUCCUGAAACCACUGCAAUCGGCUACGAAAAUCACAACAAAAACGCUUGGGUCAAGAAAAUGCUUCAGUUUGAUGCGAAAGAUAGAGGGUUUGGUAUAUCUGUUCUGAACAGCCAUUUAUCAGCCUCAACCUCCCUCUGUUCAAUCUCUUUAGUUCUAUGUUCCCUAAUUGGAGCUUUACUUGGCAAUUCAUCGAGCACCUUGCUUACAAGCAGUUUCAUAUUAGGGGACACAAGCAAAUCCACAAAUUCCAUCAAAUACAUCGCCAUUUUGUCGUGUUUUCUUCUGGCUUUUGCUUGUUUUGUGCAAACCACAAGGCAUUUUGUUCAUGCUUGCUUUCUCAUCAGUAUGCCAACUGGUGAUGUCCCUCUUGAUUGCAUUCAAAAAGCAGUGAUAAGAGGGAGCAAUUUCUGGGCACUUGGAUUACGAGCACUUUACUUUGCGACCACUUUGUUGUUGUGGAUCUUCGGGCCGAUUCCGAUGGUGGUUGGUUCGAUUGCUGCGGUGAUGAUUUUGUAUUUUCUGGAUAUCAACAAGGAUCCGAUGAUAAGGUAUGGGGGAAACAAGAAUGGUGGCCAUUUUUUGCAGAAGAUUGAGCAGGAAAUAACUUCUGUAGUUGGGGUUUUUGAACACGAUGGAAUUGGAAGGCAAUAGAGAAAUGGAUUCAUGGAGUAUUGGGGAUGAAAGAUCGAAUCUUGGAAGUGUUCUUGAUGAUUUUUGGUCUCUUUUCUUGAUUCUGAUCAUGGUAUUGGAGUUAUGUUUAUAAUAACAUUUGAUUUACUCGAUUUGUUUGGUUU